CAAAAUGUACUGACUUCAAUUUGUACGUUCAUUUCGUAGUUACUUCAGUAAAGUUAUUGUUUACGAACUUCUGGGGAACAUGAAUCGUCAUCCGAAUACGGAUUAUAAAAAUCGCAGUGAACCUCAGGUGGAGUUGGAAAGUCAAUUUAUUUUACGUUUACCACCGGAACCGGCACGAGUUUUACGAGAAACAUUACGCAGUGGAUUACCUCUGAAAGAUAGGCUGAAUAUAAAAUUGGAAAAUGAUAUGCGUUAUGGUGAGGCCAGAUUUGAUCAUUGGCUACUUCAUGGCAAGGUUGUUGACUUGCCAACAAUUGUAGAAUCCUUGAAAACCAUUGACAAUAAAAGUUUCUAUAAAACUGCUGAUAUAUCAUGUAAGGAAGAAGAUGAUCAUACUACUACAGAUGAAGAAUCUCCAGUUAGACAGAAGAAAAAGGACCCUAAUAAAGUGGACAAGAAAUUUUUAUGGCCACAUGGUAUAACCCCUCCUGCUAAAAAUGUGAGACGCAGAAGAUUUAGGAAAACCUUAAAGAAGAAAUAUGUAGAAGCUCCAGAAAUUGAGAAGGAAGUAAAACGUUUAUUAAGGGUAGAUAAUGAUGCAGUUAAUGUUAAGUGGGAAGUAAUAUGUGAAGAUGAGGAUCAAUCAAAACCAAGUAAAGUUUCAUCAUCUGGUACAGUGAAGACUAAAAGAGAAAGUAUUAAUGGGAAUACUUCUCAAAGUCUUGAUGUUGCGGAACAUGAUAUAUUUGGUGAACCUGUAAGUGAUAGUGAAGAUGAUGAUGAAGAAGCAAACAUAAAUGUAAUGGAAUUGGAUGAAAAUAGUCGACUUUCUGCAGACAGUAGAGUAUCAGACUCUAAUUCCAUGCAGGUCACAUAUUCAGAAAGGUCUGACAACAAUACAGCAACAAAUAGUAAUCUUGUUACGGAAUUUAGCAAAGAAAUGUUCCAAAAUGAUAAUAAUAUGGAAGCAGAAGCAGAAAAACCGGAAGACGUGUCCCCAUCAAAAGGACCUAAAGUUGAACAAUUCCAUUCAGAAUAUAUCAUUUCAGAUAACUUCUCAGAGUCACCUGCUCCUGCAUCAAAAGAUUCGUUACAAACACGUCUCGCAACUUUGCACGCGGAAUUAGCUGAACUGCGGCAAAGAAGACAGCAACAAGAAAUUGAAAUUGCUAAUAUUGAAAACGUUAAAUUGAGGCAAAGAUUUCAGGAAAUACUGGAUAAUUUGCUAACGCAAGAAAUGCAAAAAGUGCAAGAGAUUCAAGACUUAGAAUUGGGAUAAUGUUAACAUACUAUUAUACACACAGUCAAUUAAAUGUUAUGAUCAGAAUAUCUGUACUCAUAGAGUUCCUUGCAAUGAA